GGAGGAACCGGGAUUUCGGGAGGAAACGGGAAGGCUGGCCAGGGCCGGCAUGGCGGGCGGCUGGGAGACAGCACUGGGCCUGGGGCUCUGCCUCGCUGCCCUGCACCACGGAGGCUGCCACCUCCCCAGCAUGGCCACGGCACCCCAAACUCCAGCUGUGCUGCGGGACAAUUUCCGCCUGCAGCCAGGUGAUUUGGUGACCACGGCGGGGCAAGCAUUGGAGCUGGAUUGUGUCCCCCCCUUGGGGUACCCCGAACCCUACGUUACCUGGAAGAAGGACGGGGUGACCUUGGACUUGGUAGGUGGCAGGUACGUGGUCACCAAGGGGAAGUUGCAGGUGGCAUCGGCGCAACGGAGCGACUCCGGUCUCUACAUCUGUGUGGCAGCCAAUGCGGCAGGCAAGAGGGAGAGCCGGGGUGCCCGUGUCUCCGUGCUGGAGAAGCCGAGCAUUGUGCGGCACCCAAGCGACGCCGUGGCGGCGGCUGGCAGCACUGUGGAGCUGGGUUGCAGUGCCCGAGGUGACCCAGCGCCACAGGUGCAGUGGCACAAGGAGCAUGGAGACCUGCCCUGGGGCAGGCACGAGGUGGACCGGGAGCACACUCUGCGCCUCUAUGCCGUGACGUCUGCCGAUGCCGGCGCGUACGUGUGUACAGCACAGAGCCAGCUGGGCACCGCCGCCGCCACCACCUUCCUUCACGUGGAGGACCGGCUGGCAACGGGCCAGCAGGAGGCUGCACCACGGGACCUGCUGGCUGUGCGGCUGCACCUGGACAACGGCACUGCACUGCCCACUGCUGCUGUCCAGCUCCGCUGGCAGCUGCUGAUGCCGGUGCCAGUGCCUGUGGGCUACGUGGUGCUGUACCGCAGCCUGCUCCCGGUCACCACCUCCUGGCUCCAACAUGACGCAGGCAGGGAGCUCAGCGCCAUCAUCCCUGCGCUCCGCAGGGGCUACAAGUACGAGUUCAAGGUCCGACCCUACACUGGAGGGACCCAGGGCUCAGACAGCAACAGCAGGCACCUCUGGAUACCUGAGGAAGUGCCCAGUGCAGCGCCCCAGCGUGUCACCGUCAGCCAGACUGAGACUGGGAACGGCACUGUGGUCGUGAGCUGGGAGCCACCUCCUCCUGAAGCACACAAUGGCGUCAUCCGGGGAUACCAGGUCUGGUCAAUGGGUGAGGGCUGGCAGCAUCCCACCAACAGGACAGUGGAUGGAGCCACCCGCCGCCUGGAAAACCUCCUCCCACACCCCGGGACCGAAUUCUGUGUCCAGGUGGCAGCUUUCAACAGCGCAGGGCUGGGGGUUCCCAGCAAUGCCACGUGUGGAGUCCUGGGGCUGACAGCAGGGAGCAGCAGGGUGGUCCAGGCACUGCGGCAGCCUGCUGUCAUCGCAGCCGCUGGUUCCAUGCUCUGGCUGGCCUUACUUGCCCUCCUCCUCCUCCUCUGCCAGCGCCGUGCCAGCCAGGACGCCGCAGCCCGCCACAGACUGAUGGCUGGUGACUCGCCGUGGCUUGGUGGUCCCUGGAAACCCAGCUGUGCCCCUCGAAACCUCAGCAGCAGCAGCAGCCUCAGCAGCCGACUCCUGGGCAGUGAUGGCAGGGACCCCCACCCCUCCACUCUCUCCUUGGAGCCGCCGAGCCUUGGCCCCCCCACGCCCCCCAUCCACAGCAGCCUCCAUGGGGGACGCCCACCGCCCCUUGGGGACAUGGGGUGCUGUGGUGGGGGGCACCCCGGGGUGCAUUCCUCACCCAGCACCCCAAACCCAGCACCCUGGGAGCGUGUACGCAAGAGAGAGCUGCAUCAAGUGCACAGCACCCCGCUGCUCAUAGCUGGCCCCAGCCACAUCCCUGUCACUGGAAGUGGAGGCGAGUGGGGGACAGAUUUUGGGCUGGCAGCCAGGCAGCCUCAGCAAAGGGGACAUGAGGGUGACACCGCCGCUGCCGUGAUGAACAGCAGGGACCCACGGCUGCCGGUCUUCAGCUCUCCAAAACCACAUCGGGGCAGCACUUCACUGGCCUCUGGUGUAACCAGGUCACCGGUGACACCCCCGAGACCACCCCAUGCCUGGCACCCACCAGUGACACGGUCCCCGGCCUCCAUGUGCCCCAGGGACACAUCUCUGGUCACCAGGCGUCCCAAGGACACAUCCCCAGUCACUGAGAUCCCCAGGGACACAUCUCCAGUCAUGCGAUGCCCCAGGGACACAUCCCCAAUCACUGAAAGCCCCAGGGGUGUGUCACUGGCCACCAGGAACCCUAGGGACAUGUCCUUGGUCACUGAGCACCCCAAGGACAUGUUCCUGGACAGCAGACAUCCUAGAGAUGUGUUGCCAGUCACCAGGACCCCCAGGGACAUGUCACCAGCCACCAGGCACCACAAGGAUCCAUCACCAGCAACCAAGCAGCAGAGUGACACAGUCUUGGCCACCGGGCACCCUGAGGACACCUCCCUGGUCACCAGGUGCCCCAGAGACCCAUUACCCGUGGCCAAGUGCCAGAGGGACACCUCACUGUCCACCAGGCACCCCAAGAACCCGUCCCCAGCCAGCAGGCACCCAGAGGACACAUCCCCAGGCACUGGGCACUGCAGGGACAAGUUCCUGGCCUCCAGCAGGUUCCCUGAAAACAUCUCACCAGCCUUGAGGCAUCCCAACGACACAGUGCCAGCCACUGGGAACCCCAGGGACACAUCUCCAGCCACCAGGCACCCCAGGGACACAUCCCCACUCACCAGACACCCUGAGAAGAUGUCACCAGUCUCCGAACACCACAGGGACAAGUUCUUGGGAACCAGCAGGUACCCUGAAAACAUCUCACCAGCCUUGAGGCACCCCAGGGAGACAUCUCCAGCCACCAGGCACCCCAGGGACACAUCUCCAGCCACCAGGCACCCCAGGGAGACAUCUCCAGCCACCAGGCACCCCAGGGACACAUCUCCAGCCACCAGGCACCCCAGGGACACAUCUCCAGCCACCAGGCACCCCAGGGACACAUCUCCAGCCACCAGGCAUCCUGAAGAGGCGUCUCCAGUCACUGGUCACCAGGACAUGCUCUCAGGCACCAGGGACAUAUUCCUGGCUACCAGGUACCCCAAGGACAUGUCCCUGGCCACCGGGCGCCUCUCGCUAGCAUUCAGUGAUGGGGUCCUCACACAACAGCAGGUGGCUGAGGUCCUGGAGAUGGACCAGGACACUGCCUGCUGCAGACCCCCGGCACCAACCACACCACGGUCCUUCUCACCACUGCACACCUACGGCUACAUCUAUGGGCCACCAGCCUCUGAGCUAGGUGAGGAGGAGGAGGAGGAGGAAGAAGAGGAGGAGGAGGAGCGUACAGCAACGAGGGGCUCUCCAGGAGGGUCGCUGCUGAACGGCUGGGGCUCUGUCUCAGAGGACAACUUUGCCAGCACCCGCUGCAGCUUGGUGAGCUCCUGUGACGGCUCCUUCCUCCUGGAUGCCAGCUUUGCCCGGGCGCUGGCUGUGGCUGUCGAUGGCCUCUACUGCAGCCUUGAGGACACCGAUGGAGCCUACGGGGGUCCCUCACCACCACCAUCGCCCUUGGAGCAGGUCUUCUCACCCAGAGUCCACUCCAGCACCUGGGACUGGUGGAAAGUGCUGGAGGUCCCACAGAGAUCCAGGACAGAGACAGCCAUGAACAGUAGCUCACAGAACGGUGGCCAGGGGUCAGGGAUUGGCAGCCCCUGGGCCAGGGAAGACGGUGAGCUGGGGACAGGAGGGACAGGAGCGAGGCGGUCCCCAGGGCGCAGGACACGGCAAGGCCAGAGUUCCCUUGGCUCAGCUAAAAUCCAACUUUAUUAGGCAGUUCCCCAAAAAGGGGCUCUUUACUAGGAAAAGCCACCCACGGAGGGUGGGUGGCACCAAGGUGGUGGGUGUCCCUCCUUAUUCACUGUUCUUGUCCUCCUUCUUCCACAGUGUCCCCAUCCCUCCUCAGCAGCUCCACCCCUCCCAAAAUUCUUCAUUCCUCUCCAGCAUCCUCAUCCUCCCCAAGAGUUUGCAUCCCUCUAAGUGUCUUUGUCCUUCCUCAGUGUCCUCCUUGUUCCCCAGCAUCCUCAUCCCCCCUAACUAUCCUUCUCUAGCCCAAGCACUGCUGUCCACCCUGUGCCCUUAUCUUUCCCUAGGGUUGUUGGCCCCCUGACCAUUCCCAUUCCUGCUGACUAUCCCCAUUCCUUCCACCUGUCCUUGUGCUUUCUGAUAGUUCAUGUCCUUCCUCAGCAUCCUUGUCCUACCUUGUCCAUCCUUGUCUCUCCCAAGUGUUCUCAUCCUUCCCAAGCCACCUGAGUGGCCUUGUGCUCCUUCUAAAUGUCCUUGUCCCUCCUAAUCAUCCUCAUUCCCAGGUUUCUCAGCCCUCCUGAGUGUCUUCAUCCUUCAUCAGUUGUUUUGUCCUCAUGCCAAGUGUCCUUUUCCUUCCCCACUGUCCUCAUCCCCCUGCAACCAUCCUCCUUGUCCCUUACUACUGUCCUUGUCCCUCCCAAGCAAUCUUGUUUUUCCCAAGUGUUCUCUUCCCUCAGCAAUCCUCAAUCCCCUGGAAAUCCUUGUCCUUCCUCCAUAUCCUCUUCCCUCCAGGCAUCAUUGUCACCCAGCUUUCCUUGCCCGUCUCCAGCACCCUCAUCCAUCUGCUGUGUCCUUGUGCCCCCCAUGUAAUCGUGUCCCCCGCCAGCUGUCCCCUUCCCUUUCAAUCGCCUCAUUUCUCCCAGACAUCCUUGUCCUUUCCCAGCAUCCUUGUUCCUCCCAACUGUCUUUGUUUCCAGGAUCUUUGCCCCACUUAGGCAUCCUCCUCACCCCUCCCCAGCGCCCUCAUCCCUCUUUUUCCUCAUCUGUCCCAAGUGUUUCUGUCCCCAGGGUUCAUGUCCUUCCCUGAGCACCUUCCUUGUCCCUCCCCAGGGUCUCAUUCCUUGUGAAUUCCUUGUCCCACCCCAAGAUUCCCUGUCCCCCCUCACGCUGACGCCCACUGGCCGCGACCUCUGUGCAACCCCAUUUCCAUGGAGCCGCUCAGAAAUUAAAGAACAUCCCUCCGUG